AUGGCAUCACACGGUGUGAAUCCUUGUCCCUCUGAAGCCUCUAGCAUCUCAUCAACUUCCAAAGAUGAGAAUAUGGCCAUGAAACUGAGUGAGAUUGGUCUCAAGCCUGAACUAGAUCAGGCUUCCAGUUCCAAACCCUUGGCGCUGCUAGAUCUCUUGAAGCUUUCCAAUGGCGAUAAGGUUGCUGCUCCUGAACCAAAGGUUGAACUUGAUCUGUUCAACCCAUCAGGUAAUAAUGUUGUUGGUUCAUCUAAUUCUAGGGUUCAUGACACUGAAGGCAUUGAGGAAAACGAAAACUCAAAGACAGAGGCAAAGAGUUUCUCAUGCAACUUUUGCAAGAGAAAAUUCUCUACCUCACAAGCUUUGGGAGGGCAUCAAAACGCUCAUAAAGGAGAGCGUGCCUUUGCAAAACGUUGUCAAACCCUUGGUGUCGGUGCUGGUAGUUUUGAUCACUUUCCUUAUUACUAUUGGAGGAUGAAGAGAGAACUGCCACGUUAG